UGGGACAUUUCCUCAGCCACGCCAGCCCCCAGCAGGAAGGUGGGUCCACGCCAGCCCCCAGGAGGAAGGUGGGUCCAAAUCCAGCACCAUGACGGAACUGGAGACAGCCAUGAGCAUGAUCAUCGACGUCUUUGCCCGGUACUCGGGUGCCGAGGGCAGCAAGCAGAGCCUGACCAAGGGGGAGCUGAAGACGCUCAUGGAGAAGGAGCUCCCGGGCUUCCUGCAGACCGGAAGGAACAAGGGUGCCGUGGACAAACUGCUCAAGGACCUGGACGCCAACGGAGACGCCGAGGUGGACUUCAGCGAGUUCAUCGUGUUUGUGGCCGCGCUCACGUCUACCUGCCACAAGUACUUCCAGCAGGCGGGCACCAAGUGAGGCCCCGCAGCCCCAGGUGCCUGCAGGGGCCGGGUGGGCCCCUGGCGUCCAGAAAGCUCUUGUUGGCAGUCGUUUCCCUGGGCGGAGCCGGCUGAUGGCCCUCUGAUUAAUAAAAUGCUUGUGAAAUGA